CAAGAAUCUACUGUAAAAAUAUUUGUACGGGUCAAAGACUCACCCUGUUGGACCAAAUCUCGGUCCAAAUCAAUAUUCUAUUGAAAAUAACCUUUAGUAAUUAAGUGUAAUGUGAAUUAUAACCUCCAGAGAAAUUUAAAUUGUUCAUGGAGAUUCAGACAUUCAAGCGGCAUUGAACUCAAAACAAUUAUUGAAUUCAAUGACAAGCGAACUUGCACUUUCCGUUUUAUGUAAAAAAUUAUUGGAAAGGAUCUUUCAAUUUUUUUUCUAGGAAGCUAUCGAAGAUGGAUCCGAAAAUUGUGGAGCUUUACAGCAACGAUUACAUUUGUCUCAUGAAACAGGAAGCAUGUCCGAACAUGCUCGAAAGAUGGUCCCGUUCUCAGCUCCCGAAGACAUUGACAUAUAUUUGGAUGCACUAGAGGAUGAAAUUCAAUUCAACAGGUGCGUUGCAAAGUCAACUCUGGAACUUCAUGGGGAGCAAAGUGCGAACUCCCGCACCCUAUUAAUGAUGAUUCUGACAUUAUUAAUAGAAGGAGCCCCAUCCCCGUUCCUAUACAACCUAGAGAAAAAGUUUCUGGUGGACGUAGUGUUUCUAUCACUGAAGGAACCGAACGAUAUUACGCUGAUUACGAAUGCAGUCAUUUUGCUCCAGCAUUUGCAGCAGAACUGCAUGACAGUUGCGGUGGAUGGUAAUGAAUGCAUGGACGUGCUGUACAAGAAUUCCAAAAGACACACUUCUCCUAAAUUCAUUGAAGUUUCCUUAGAUCUAGUAAUGCUUGGAGCUCCCGAUUACGGAUUGUCGCACCCUAAAAGUGUCAAAGCAUUGGAAUUUUGCAUCAGAAUUCAUAGCCUUCUCUCAAAUAAUUCACGAAAAAACUCUUGUGUUUGAUAUCUAAGAGCACGAAAAUCAUAAACUUAGAACGUUCUCAUAUGGUGCAGAAGUUCCUCACCAAGUUCUUUAAGGAUCUGCCAAGAACGAAUCGGCCAGAAGAUGUCACAUUUAGGGAUGACAUAAUCACGUAUGUGCGUGAUAUCUAUGGCCGAUUGAUAAACGAACCAGAGCUCGUGAACGGUAUAACAUCAUCCGACUACCGCAAAUUAUUUGAAAAGUUGAUUAAAUAUCGAUAAAUUCACAUCUUCACUUGGUUUGCCUGUCCUAAAUUUGUAUAAUUUUGUUAAUAUUUUUGCUGGUCGCAGACUUGAUUCUGUAUGUUGAUUCGUUAUAUCAAUGAAGAAGUUUUCUUGAAUGAAAAACCAACUUGUUGAGCUUGUACUCAAUGAAGUAAAUAUCAAAUCAUUUCAAAAAAUCUGGGUAAGGCAGUUUCUCAGCAUUUGCUAAAAAUUUAUAGUUUUUUUUUAGCACUGAGACGCAUAAAAUCGAUAUCGUCACACUUGCGUGGUCUCUGAUGCCAAAUCUCCCAGAAAGAUAUUACAAAACAAACAACUUGAUGAGGGAGGCGGCAAUCAGAAAUUUAAAGACCACGCAAUGGCAAAGGGAGGUAGAGAGAAAUGUUCGGAUUCCCUUUAUCCUAGAGUGAACAACGAAAUAGAAAUUUGCCGCCGAAGG